AUGUCACAGGAAAGAUCCGGCAUCAAAUAUUCCGAUUUAUUCAAAGUGCCAUACUCUCGGGCUCCAAAAAAAUGGAAGUCGAUCAACAUGUUACUCGAGGAUUGGGGACGAGAAGAUAUUGGUACACGUGAGCCGUGCAAAUCACCCACGCCUCGGGAUACAACACUCUCACAGACCGAUUUGAAUGGAACUGACAAAAAAUCAAUCAUAUAUGUGGAUUUGGAAGCGCAUACUGGAAGUAACAAACUUCUGGGUAUGUGCUCGCAAAUGAAAUGUGAUGCCUGA